UGUCCGCUACGGCUUAUUGUGGACACGUUAACUGUCAGGGAAGCUCGGGUUGUCACUUCUGCAAGCUUCUCCGUGUGAAGGGAAAUUUCUAAUCUAAGUUCUCAUAGUUGACUCAACUGUUGACAGAAAUCUCUAAGAGGUAAAGCUAAACCCUGAGCAACAUUUCAGCUAAUUUUAUAAAAAUGUGUGGAAAUAAAGCAAUCUGAAGGAAAUUCAAGACCACAAAAUUUACUGACUGAACUACAUGGUAUUGUACAUACCAAGAAGAGUGUUUGGAGAAAGACCUUUUUAUUCUGCUAAGUCAUGAUGGAAGCAGGAGACCAGCAGCAAUGGAAGAGAACCUUUUUCUCAGAACUACCUAAAGUGGUGAGAAUUCAACCAGAGAAUUCUAGAGUGGUUGCUAAUUAUAAUGACUCUGUGUUGUUUCUUUUCACACACAAAAAGAACUUCAUGCCCACUUGAAUGGAUCCAUUAGUUGUAAUACCAUGAAGAAAUUAAUAGCUAAGAAACCAGGUCUCAAAAUCCAUGAUCAAAUGACUAUGAUCGAUAAAGGAAAGAAAAGAACUUUAGAAGAAUGUUUCCAGAUGUUUCAGGUUAUUCAUCAGCUUACUACUAGCCCUGAAGAUAUUUUAAUGGUCACAAAAGAUGUCAUUAAAGAAUUUGCAGAUGAUGGUGUCAAGUACCUGGAACUAAGGAGCACACCCAGAAGAGACAAUGCUACAGGAAUGACUAAAAAAACUUAUGUGGAAUCUGUACUUGAGGGUAUAAAACAGUCUAAACAAGAAAACUUAGACAUUGAUGUUAGAUAUUUGAUAUCAAUAGACAGAAGAGGUGGCCCUUCAGUGGCCAAGGAGACUGUUAAACUUGCUGAAGAAUUCUUCCUUUCUACUAAAGAUAUAGUAAUUGGCCUUGACCUCAGUGGAGACCCUACAGCAGGACAAGCAGAAGAUUUCUUGGAACCACUUUUGGAAGCAAAAAAAGCAGGUCUGAAGUUGGCAUUGCAUCUUUCAGAGAUUCCAAACCUCAAGAAAGAAACACAAGUACUCCUGGAUCUGCUUCCCGACAGAAUUGGGCAUGGGACAUUUCUCAACUCCUCUGAGGGAGGAUCCUUGGAUCUGGUGGACUUUGUGAGGAAACACCAGAUACCGCUGGAACUCUGUUUGACCUCAAACAUCAAAAGUCGGACAGUUCCAUCUUAUGACCAGCAUCAUUUCGGAUUCUGGUACAGCAUUUCCCAUCCUUCUGUGAUCUGUACUGACGAUAAGGGUGUUUUUGCAACACACCUUUCCCAAGAGUACCAGCUGGCAGCUGAAAAUUUUAAUUUGACUCCGUCUCAGGUAUGGGAUUUGUCUUAUGAAUCCAUCGACUACAUCUUUGCUUCUGACAGCACCAGGUCUGAACUGAAAAGGAAGUGGAAUCAUCUGAAACCCACAGUGCUACAUUUUUAAGCUGUAAUGAAGUGAAUUACUUUUGAGUAUGUGUUGCAGCCAAGAUCUUCCUGCCAUAUUUCUUUUAGUAAACCAUCCACCUCUCAUGAUUAAUUCCUCUGGAAUCAAGUUAUUGGUUUUUUAAAAA